CGCUGCGCUCAGCAGCUGAUGCGGUUCGUCGUUGUCCGUGGCUGUGUUUGUUUGGAAAAAUGCGACAGAGAAACAACGAAUUUCGACAGUAUCAUUGUUACUGUUCGAAGAACAUAGAUACAGACGAAAACUGGAAGAUCUGUCGCCAGUGAUAGUGACGAUAUAACGGGACAGAAAUUCAAAAUGACAACUAAAAUUCGCGGAGACAAACAAUCGCGAAAGUGAAAUAAAAAUAACUUUAAAAAUGAUCGAUUAUAUUUUCUUUUUGUAUUAAAUUCUUUGAGUAUCGUUUGAAAGUUAUGCUCGGUCCAUUUUUCGGGAUAUAAAGUAAAGAUUCCUCUUGGUAACUAUUUCCGCAUCGACAGAUAUUAAGAACGAAAGAUAGACAAAGAGUUCUCGUCGGCAUAUGCUUUGUGUGUUCGGUGGCUUCUUUGCGAUGAACAUUCUAAAAGAGGUGUCGUGUUUAUAAACAGUAUUUCGUAUGAACGUGUAUUUCGCUUUGUUUAAAGUAAUCGAUGCAAAUUGAAGCAUCGAUUAAUUUUAUGUACGAGAAUAUUAUAAACGUAAAAAAUGAAUUCUACUUAGAAAGUAUCUUAAUUAGUUAGCAUUUUGAAAACACAAUGUUUUUGUUGUUAUAAUACGUUUUAAUAUUUAAAUUCAUUUCUUCGGCACGGUGAUACAAAAUGAAAAUCAUCGAUUGAAAUCAUUAGUAUUGACAAGUUUAUUUGUUAAUGAAAAUUUAUGCGAGGUGUAAGUGGCAUAUUCCGAUGCAGAUACCCCGCUAAAACGUGUGCUAUGUAACGGAUGUAUACAUUUCUUAAAACGACAACAGGGCUAACUCCAUUAUGGAGGCACUGCGUUUAGCCAUACAGACACGGCUAGGGGAGAGGAUGGUUAGCAUGAGCUCUAUGCUCGUAGAAACAGUCAGCAUAAACUAUGAAGACUUUAAUGAAAGUUUUUUAACAUGCGGUACAUGUCUUUGCGUUUAUGAUGGCGGAGAGCAUACUCCUAAAUUGUUACCAUGUUCACACACGGUAUGUUUACAUUGCUUAACAAGAAUUGCUGCAUCUCAGACUCGUGAGACUGGUGCAUUUCGAUGUCCUAUUUGCAGGGAAUUGAUAACAAUUCCUCGUGGUGGAGUUCCUGCUUUACCACCAAGUUUCCUUGUAAAUCAACUUCUUGAUCUUAUGUCCAGACAAAGACGAGAGGUUAUCCCAAAAUGUUCAGUUCACAUAAAUCAAGAAUUAUUAUUUUGUGAAACAUGUGAUACAGUGUUUUGUACAGUAUGUACAGGUGGUAAUCAUACAGGAACAUCACCAGGGUGUACAGAACAUACUAUUAUACCUUUUAGUAUUGCAAUAAAAAGAAUGUCUGAGAUUUUACUCUACAAAGCUAACGAAUGUAUAUCUAAGUUAACACAAGCUCAGGAUUCUGUAAGUACAGAGUUGCAACGUUUGGAAGCUUCUACGGAAAGAUGUUUGAAUGCUGUAGAUAAUGAAUUUACAGAAAUUAUUGCAAAAAUUGAAAGGAGACGAACUGAAUUACAAGCAGCUGUUACUGCUGCAGCAAGAGACAAGAAACAUGUACUAGAAGAACAACAUGCUCUUAUAGAAGCUGAAAAGAAUAAAGUACAACGUGAAUGUGAAGGCUUACAAUAUCAAGUUGAAGUACGAAAUAUCACACAAAGAAUUGGUAGUUUAUCCGAUCAACUUGAUGCAGCAUCAGCUCUUAGUGAACCUAAAGAAAAUGCCUUUAUUACCUUUGAAUUUAAUCACAAUAAUGCACUUUCUCAAUUAGAGGAAGCUCUUAAUAACUUAGGAAGAGUACGUUCUAGUACAACAUUGCCAGGUUCAUGUAGAGCCAGGUUGAAAGACCCUGCUAUAGUUAAAUUACAAGCAACAGUAAUAGUAGAAACUGUCGAUUAUCAUGGGCAUCCUAGGAACGUUGGAGGAGAUCUUAUUACUGCGGAAUUAACUUUUGCAGACAAUAUCUAUUCAGAAAACCAAAGUACUAGUAUCGAUACCGAAAUCAUAGAUUUAGAUAAUGGUACAUAUGAAGUACUAUUUCGACCUCCACGUGCAAGUCGUUACGUCUUGAAAUUAUCAGUUUUCGAACGGCCUAUUAAAGAUUAUCCUUUAUUUUUUGAUGCAACCGAACAUAAUGAACCCAUUAAGGUAUAUGGAAGGAGAGGAAACGGAAAAGACGAAUUCCAUCAACCAGUAGCAGUUGCUGUUGAUGAUGAUGGAAUGAUAUAUAUUUUAGAUACUGGGAACUCGCGUAUAAAAGUACUCAAUUGUGAUCUAGAAUUUCAAAGGCAUAUAACUAAUGAGGGUCUUGAAGGCCGCAGUUGUACAGGAAUUGGUAUCUCUCAACAAGGACUUGUUGUUGUCAAUUGGAGAACACGAAAAGUAACAGAAAUGAGCACUCUAGGUGAUACUAUUAAAUCUUUCUCGCAUAACGCAUUUCAAGAACCAAUCGAUAUUGCAGUAGACAGAAGUUACGGACAUAUACUUGUAGCUGAUAUUGGUCAAAGUUGUGUCUUUGUAUUUGAUUCUGAUGGGAAAAUUCUCUUUCAGGUUGGAAAGAGAAGUACAUUUAAAUUGAUUAGUUCUAUCACUGUUGGACCUAAUGGUGAAAUUGUAGUCGCCGACAGUCGUAUUCAAGUAUUUUCUGCUAAAGGAGAUUUUUCAGAAGAAAUAUAUUCUGAAGGCAAAGGAAAAGGCGCUUAUGGAGGUUUGGCUGUUGACGCUGAAGGUAGAAUACUUGGCACUCGUACUGAUAAAGGACGCAGUAUAAUUCAAGUAUUAAAAUUAGGAGGAGGUAACAUUUUAACUGAAAUUGAUUCGCAUAGUUCAAAAUUACGACGUCCUUCAGGUAUUGCGGUAUUACCUGACAAUCACUUAGUAGUUGUAGAUUUGGGAAAUGAUUGUAUAAAAAAAUAUAGAUAUUGGUAAAAGAA